UCUGGCUUGUUCCUUGUUGCACUUUAUUGCAGUGGAUUCCCCAAAACUGAAAGUAGAUAAUUUUGCAAACGACAGCUUUUGAUUCCACGGCGCCACCGUCGGCCACGAACUGGUGAAAUUUGGUCAUGGCUCACAUAAUGAUUGCAUACGUCUUAUGGUUGGUGGGUGGUUGGUCCGGAUUACACCACUUUUAUCUCGGUAGGGACCGACAGGCCUUCAUAUGGUGGUCUACAUUUGGCGGGUGUUUUGGACUAGGGUGGUUCAGAGACCUGUGGAGAAUUCCUGAGUAUAUAUUUGCAGCCAACAGAGACAUUGGGUAUAUGAGAGAAUUUUCAUACAAACGAAAGAAUUAUAAACAUCCUCCUUUUAAUACUGUGCGAUUCGUCGGACAGAUUGUUCUUGGAUGGGCGUUUGGAGCUUUAGUGCGUUUGUGUAUUACAGAAGAAAAUGCUUAUCGUGGACUUGGGUGGCUGUUUUGUGUCGCUGUGCCACCAUGCGCUGUUGCAUUAGGUGUCCAUUUGGUUGCAAAUGUUCAACCAGAGAGAGCGUCAUUUCAGUGGCCUCUGAUUGGAGCCUUGUGUGGAAUGGUUUGGUUGAUAUAUGACACUGGAAGUUUACAUUACUCUGCUAUCAUUUCUGCAAUAUUUGUGAACUGGAAAGGCAAGGAAUGGAAUCCAGAAGUAGGCAAUAACAGAGGCUUCUGUAAACGUUUAUUCACUCUGGUUUUCUGUUGUCUACUGUAUUCCACUCUGUGGGGAGUAGUGAUUUAUCAAAAUGCUUCUAUAACAACGAAGGAUGGAGAGGAAGUUCCUUUAAGGGAGGCAAUACCAAACUUCUUCAAUUCCCCUGCUUGGGCAGAAAUGAAAGAAAGUCUUAAGGAAUUGUAUAAGUUUUACCAGGUUCAUGGGUUUGAGAAGCUUUGGGAAGAAAUUGUAGAGAAACUGGACCCUACAGGAGAAGCUAAUGCAUAUAAGGUUCUAAAUCUUACUGAUGAUGCUACAGAAAAAGAAAUUAAAGCUAGAUAUAGGAAUUUAGUGAAGGAGUGGCACCCAGACAAACAGAAAGAUCCAAGUAAAAAGGCUGAAGCCCAAGAAAAAUUUAUGGAAAUUCAGAGAGCGUAUGAAAUUUUAUCUAAAAUUCAAAGCAAAAGAAUGAGACAGAAUAAGAAGGACAGAAGAAAGGAGGAAGAUUAUGACCAAAUGAACCGAGGGAGAUGGAAAAAAGACGAGUUUUAAUGGAGAUUGGUGGCUAGUUGUUUUUUUGGGGGGGAGGGAUUGUCUGUUUGUUUUUGUUUUAUUAAGGCAUGAUUUUUUUGAGGUACCUGUGUUCAUCAAUUGAACAGAUUACUGCUUAUAUGUUUACCCUUUAAACUUUUUUGCUGCAAAUGAUUGGGAUUGAAUUUUAGUGCUCAUUAUUGGGUAAAAGAUGAGAGGCAUUUGUAAAAUUGUUCCUUCAAAUGGAAAUAUGAAAGAGAUUGUUUAAAGGUUUAAAGAAGGCUUUAAAUUAUUUUGAGAUUGACAACAAACUUUAUUUCAAACAAAUAAGUUCAAAAGUUACUUGUUUUUUAUUACAUACAUGAAUUGAAGAUACACAUGUAUGUAAUUGGACAAGAUAUGUGUUAAACAUCUGACUGAGUGCCUGAAUUUUUGCAUUUAGUUGAUAAUAGUUUAUCCGUCCAUUCAAGUUCAAUCUAAUUUCAAUUGAGAGAAAAAUACAAUAUCUAAUCAAUCUGAUGGAGAAUCCCUUAUUGCAAGAAUUACAAUUCUACAGCUUUACAUAAAAAAAAUUGUGAAAUUGAUUUUACAUGUAUAGUAUCCAUACACAAUGCCAUGAUAUGGAAAUUAACUUCAUUGUCUGGCCCUCAUGCAUAACUUACCACAUUGUAGUUAAUCACCUCAUAUACCCAACAAACUGGACAGUGAUUCCUUAUAUUCAUAUAUGAAAUAAAAAUGAAAAUAUAAAAUCAAUAUAUAUACUGCCUAAUAUAAACUGAAAUACAUAUGGCAUUCCAUGUUAAUUUUCAUGACAUUAUUCAUUUGCAUGCAAGAAAGAAAUUUACAUCCAGUUGUGUAUAUGUGGAAAUUAAUACACUGGAACUUUAAAAGGUUAUUAUAGAGAAAACAGUUGGAAAUGUACAUAAUAUAUUUUAAAUGUGCCAUGCAUGAAUUUACAAAACUGACAUUUUCAUUUUGCAAUUCAUGCAUGAACUUACGCAAUUUUUCUACGCAAUUGACUUUUUCACUUUGCAAUGCACGAAUCCUCGCAAUUUUUCUAUUCAACAUUAGGUAUGGAAAGAAAAAGUGAUUUGUUCAUGAGUUCAUGCAGUCACAUGCAUGCAUUGUCAGUUGAGAAUGUUUAAUUUUUGCAUUGUUGCCAUGUUCUCAAUACUGGGUUGAGAAUCAAACAAUUAAGUUACUUGAUUAUUUUUUGAAAUGCUUAUGUCCCAAGUUAUUAACUUUUAAUGUGUAUAUAUACCACAAGCACUUGUUUAAUGAAAAGUAAAUAUACCCAGUUGUUAAUAUGAUUGAUAUCUAUUUUUUAUGACACAAGCACCUGUGGUACACACACAUUUUGAUCCGUUACACUGUAAAAUGUUGGUUUUUAUUUUUGAAACAAUACAGAGUUUGCAACAUCUUGUAUCUGCCCCAGAGGUUAAUCAUCAAUAGCUGCUGUCACACAGUGCUCUGAACAAACAUUAUACACCUGCUGUCAGACGAUUAUCUGCCCCCACAAAACACCCAAUUCAUGAAAUGUUAGAUUGCCUGUUUCAGUCUUAACCUUCAAAAAUAUUUUUGAACAGUUCUGUAGAUCUCAAUAUGAUUGUAUUGUUUUUGUUUGUACAUACAUGACACAAUAUCAUUAUUGAUUACAGAAGGAUAUGGCCCACCUUGCUGAGCUCUUGAUGAGCUUUUUCUAGAAGAUCUGUUGAAUUUUGUAGAGAAUUGCAUUACUAUUAUAAAAUCUAUUGAAAAAGAGACAUUAUGGAGGAUAAAUCUUUUUUCUGUUUUGAGUUUGAGAUCUGUUGAACUUUUCAGUUUUGUAGGGUAUAUGAUUAGAGAGUAGAUUGAGUUGCUAAGUCAAAACGUGCAUACAUGUAUACUGCAAAAAUAUACUUCUCUUCAUUAUAGAGGAUAUAUCUUUUUAUGUUUGUUUUAUUUAAUCAUAACUUCUUUGAGUUUACAACAUUGACACAAAGUGUGAGAAUGAUGGUUUUAUUGAAUCAGAAAAUCUUUUAUGUUUGACUUGUUAUAGUUGGUGGGUGUAGAGCUACUCGUUUUAUUUUUAUUCUUUUUACUGCUACUGGUAAUUUGUUCAUCAAUGUAUUCAGUUAUAUAUUUUUUAUUUUAUAAAUUAUAUAAAGUAUAUAAAUAGA